CGCUAUCGUACAACCUCAUACAAACAAUAGAGCACGCGUUUCCUACGGUAACCGUUUAUGCAUGCUACAGCUACUUCAACACUCUUUAACUAGCUAUAGAUCUAAGACACGCUCUACUAUUGUCCUCUGGAACGAUUAUUGACAAGUCGCAUGUCAGUCUGAACAAAUGAGUCAGGUAACUUGUUGAAAUCACGUUACAAUGAGGUGAGAGUGAACUAGGUGUGUAACCGCCCCACACGUAGACACAAGGUGUCAACUCGCCACAAUCACAGUGGUACUUCACCGUCUCCUCAUAAUAGAGGAUAACAAAAGAGUCUGGAGACCAGAACAGCUGACAGAGCGGUCAGUCAGCCCUAUAGCUCUCGUCAGUUCAGCAGCUGUAGGAUGGCUUGUCAUUACUACCUCUACACAACAGAAGAUGGUACCGUCUGCUGCAGCAGAAAAACUUGUCAAGUGUGCGGUCCCAGAACGUCUCCACGACUCGAUCUGCCAUUGCCACCACCCAUUACAAACCCAUAUAAUUUUAACGAUCUACUUCGCCAAGGUUGGUAUUGGGGACCAAUGAGCAGAGAGAAAGCAACGGACACUUUGAGAGGACAACCAAACGGAACGUUCUUGGUGAGAGACUGCUCUGAUCUAUUCCACGUCUUUGCCAUCAGUUUCACGACUACUGGAGGUCAAGUGGUUCACACACUAAUCAAGUAUAGACACGGAAAGUGGAGCUUUUAUAAGAACAUGAAGAAAAGCCAAUCCUCAGUUGUUCAGCUUGUGCAGCAAUCGGUUAAAGAGAUGCAAUCUUUGUCGUGGGACCAUGGCAUACAAAGAUUGACAAGACCUCUGUCUCGAUUUGAUCAAGUCAAGUCACUUCAGCAUAUCUGCCGUUUUGUCAUACGUCUGCACACGAGACUUGAUCUUAUUCCCUCACUUCCAUUGCCAACCAAUCUACAAAAGUACUUACGAGAAAACAUGAUGGUCUAGAGUGCUAGCUAGAUGACUGUAGUUAUUUACUUGCUCAUUGUUCACCGA